AUGGGUCCUGUGGUUGUCGAAAUAAUUGUUGAACUUGUUGAAAUAUAUGUUGUGGUUGUUGAAAUAAUUGGUGUACUUGUGGAGAUAGAUGUUAGGGCGGAUGUUGUUGUAGUUGAAAUAAUUGGUGUACUUGUUGAAACAGAUGUUAAGCCUGGUGUUGUUGUUGUUGAAAUAAUUGGUGUACUUGUCGAGAUAGAUGUUAGGGCAAAUGUUGUGGUAGUUGAAAUAAUUGGUGUACUUGUUGAGAUAGAUGUUAGGGCGGAUGUUGUUGUAGUUGAAAUAAUUGGUGUACUUGUUGAAACAGAUGUUAAGCCUGGUGUUGUUGUUGUUGAAAUAAUUGGUGUACUUGUCGAGAUAGAUGUUAGGGCAAAUGUUGUGGUAGUUGAAAUAAUUGGUGUACUUGUUGAGACAGAUGUUAAGCCGGGUGUUGUGGUUGUUGAUAUAAUUGGUGUACUUGUUGACAUAGAUGUUAAGACAGAUGUUGUGCUUGUUGAAAUAAUUGGUGUACUUGUUGAGAUAGAUGUUAGGGCGGAUGAUGUGGUUGUUGAAAUAAUUGGUGUACUUGUGGAGAUAGAUGUUAAGAUGGAUGUUGUUGUUGAAAUAAUUGAUGUACUUGUUGAGAUAGAUGUUAGGGCGGAUGUUGUGGUUGUUGAAAUGAUUGGUGUGCUUGUCGAGAUAGAUGUUAAGACGGAUGUUGUGCUUGUUGAAAUAAUUGGUGUACUUGGUGAGAUAGAUGUUAGGGCGGAUGUGGUAGUUGUUGAAAUAAUUUGUGUACUUGUUGAGAUAGAUGUUAGGGUGGAUGUUGCGGUUGUUGAAAUAAUUGGUGUACUUGUCGAGAUAGAUGUUAAGACGGAUGUUGUGCUUGUUGAAAUAAUUGGUGUACUUGUUGAGAUAGAUGUUAAGGCGGAUGUGGUAGUUGUUGAAAUAAUUGGUGUACUUGUUGAGAUAAAUGAUAGGGUGGAUGUUGUGGUUGUUGAAAUGAUUGGUGUACUUGUUGAGAUAGAUGUUAGGGCGGAUGUUGCAGUUGUUGAAAUAAUUGGUGUACUUGUUGAGAUAGAUGUUAGGGCGGAUGUUGUGGUUGUUGAAAUGAUUGGUGUGCUUGUCGAGAUAUAUGUUAGGGCGGACGUUGUGCUUGUUGAAAUAAUUGGUGUACUUGUUGAGAUAGAUGUUAGGGUGGAUGUUGUGGUUGUUGAAAUAAUUUGUGUACUUGUCGAGAUAGGUGUUAAGACGGAUGUUGUGCUUGUUGAAAUAAUUGGUGUACUUGUUGAGAUAGAUGUUAGGGCGGAUGUUGUGGUUGUUGAAAUGAUUGGUGUGCUUGUCGAGAUAUAUGUUAGGGCGGACGUUGUGCUUGUUGAAAUAACUGGUGUACUUGUUGAGAUAGAUGUUAGGGCGGAUGUUGUGGUUGUUGAAAUAACUGGUGUACUUGUUGAGAUAGAUGUUAAGGCGGGUGUUGUGGUUGUUGAAAUAAUUGGUGUACUUGUUGAGAUAAAUGUUAAUAUGGGUGCUUUGGUAGUUUAAAUAAGUGUUGAACUUGUUGAGAUAGAUGUUGUAGUUGUUGAAAUAAUUGGUGUACUUGUCGGAAUAGAUGUAAAGACGGAUGUUGUGCUUGUUGAAAUAAUUGGUGUACUUGUUGAGAUAGAUGUUAAGACAGAUGCUGUGCUUGUUGAAAUAACUGGUGUACUUGUGGAGAUAGAUGUUAGGGCGGAUGUGGUAGUUGUUGAAAUGAUUGGUGUACUUGUUGAGAUAGAUGUUAGGGCGGAUGUGGUAGUUGUUGAAAUGAUUGGUGUACUUGUUGAGAUAGAUGUUAGGGCGGAUGUGGUAGUUGUUGAAAUGAUUGGUGUACUUGUUGAGAUAGAUGUUAGGGCGGAUGUGGUAGUUGUUGAAAUGAUUGGUGUACUUGUUGAGAUAGAUGUUAGG